AUGUCUGCUCACCGCUACUUUGACGAUGUCAAUGGAUUUGGAUCGCUUUUCACCGAGCUGUGCCGCCUUGGCGUGAAGAAAUUGCUUAACAUCAUCAGUGGCGAAGUGCAAUCCUACUGGGAGCAACCCUUUGCGCAGCCUUACUUCGACAAUAGCACAAAGCGGGAGGUCACCGCCACCGUGGGCCAAUCCGCAUUACUGCACUGCAGAGUCCGGAAUCUGGGCGACCGAGCGGUGUCCUGGAUACGCAAACGUGACUUACAUAUCCUCACCGUGGGCAUUCUCACCUACACCAACGACCAGCGCUUCCAGUCGCUUCACACCGAGGGCAGCGACGAGUGGACGUUGCGCAUCACCUCACCCCAGCCCCGGGAUUCCGGCACCUACGAGUGUCAGGUAUCGACGGAGCCAAAAAUUUCCCAAGCCUUCCGACUGAACGUAGUGGUUUCGAAGGCAAAAAUACUCGGCAACUCGGAGCUAUUUAUCAAAAGCGGAAGCGAUAUCAAUCUAACAUGUGUUGCACUGCAGUCACCGGCGCCACCAUCGUUCAUCUACUGGUACAAGGGCGGCCGGGUCGUUAAUUACUCGCAGCGCGGUGGCAUCAGCGUCCUGACGGAGCGACAAACCAAGACCAGUAAAUUAGUGAUUGCACGCGCCAUGCCGUCGGACUCCGGCAACUACACCUGUUCGCCGAGCAGCUCCGAUUCCGCCAGUGUUGUGGUGCACGUCAUCAACGGUGAGCAGCCAGCCGCAAUGCAGCACGGCAAUAGCAGCGCUAAUAGCGUUUUAAUAAAUAAUCGCAGCUUUAGCCACCGUGGCCACGGGCCACUGGACCGCUGGCUGGCCUAUGUGGGCGGGAGUAAAAAUUUAAUAUUAUCAUUAGCUUCGUCCGGGCUGUGCUGGCUGGUAAAAUCGAUCAGCCCGUUCGGUGGUCCUGGCAGGUGA